AUGGAGGGUAACAAGGAUGAGGCGGCCAAGUGUGUGGCCCUCGCAAAAAAGGCCAUGUUGGCUGGAGACUUUUCAAAGGCGCAGCGUCUGUUGGACAAGGCGCAGCGCAUGUUUCCUUCUCCCGAGAUUGAGUCUCUUGCUGCUGCCUGCGCGCACAAGCAGCACGGUGCAUCAAACAGCACCAACGGCAGCAGCGAAACUGGGGCUCAAGCUUCGUCUGGCUCGCGCCAGCGGCGAGCUUCUCCGGGCGUCUCCCGCCCUUCGAACACAUCUGCCUCGGCGCCUCAUCUCACGAGAUCGCGGAGUGCAGCGUCAGGGAGCUGCGCAGCAGCAGCAGGUGCUGCUGCUGCCCCUGCUCAUACGCCUGAGCAAGCCAGGCUGUGUGAAGCUGUUUUACAGGAGAGCUGUUACUACAGGGUCCUUGGAGUCUCAAAUGACGCCUCUGAGGAAGUUAUCAAGAAAGCCUACCGACGGCUUGCGCUGCUGCUGCACCCCGACAAGAACAAAGCCCCCAAAGCAGAAGAUGCAUUUAAGAAGGUUAGCAAAGUCUCAGGCACCCUCCUGGACCCCAAAGAGCGGCGAGUCUACGAUAUGGGGGGCCCCCAAGCGGUGGAGGGGAGGGCGGAGCCUUACAUGUAUCGGGGAGACACCUCUCACCCCGAUGUUAUGACUGCAGAGGAUUUGUUCCGCGUUCUCUUUGGGCAGAGUCUCAGAGAUCACGGCAGAGGGCAUCAUGGCAGGGGAUCUCGCACCCAACAAUACCACCAAGAGAAUGGCUUGCACACGUUUAUUCAAUUCUUGCCGAUGUUGCUUUUAUUUGUAUUGAUGUUCUUGUUUAACUUCGUCCCUCAAGAGGGGCAGUCUCCGGCUGCCUAUUACUCCUUCCGCCAGACUCGCGAGUUCCCCGUGCCCCGUAUUACCCAGCUGCAUUCCGUUCGCUACUAUGUGGGAGACGGAUUCAUGAAUGAGAUUCUUCCACAACCAGACAAAGUCAGAGAGUUGGAACGGAAAGUCGAGGUUCGGCAUUACCAAGUCGUCUGCAGCUCGGAGAAUGACAGGCUUAACAGGGACCUCACGACGGCGCAUUACCACAUGGCCUCCAAUGAAUCGAUCAAGCGGCUUCUCGACCGCCCCAGGCCGGGAUGCAAGAAGUUAGAACUGCUGCAGGCGGGGUGCAGCCCGACACCCAAGGGCCGUAGGUUUGGAGGCUCUGCACACAACAUCCAAGAGGGGUCCUUGGAGGCUGCUAGCAUGGGUGCAGCUAGUGCGGGGGGAGAGAAAGCGCAAGGAGCGCUCCUGUUCUCUGUAGUGUUCUUAGAGUGUUAG